UACUAACUGGAUGUACUACAGAACGUACGUGCAUCAAUGUCCUAGACGAGAAAUAACGGAUGAUUAAAGAUCUAACUUUCAAGAUCACGAAUUACGUACUGCUAUAACCUUCUCCCUUUUCUCGUUUGUUUCAGAAAUUCACCACGCAUCCUUUGAAUGCCAAAGGCGACUUGACUACGUAUUGGUCGAAACCCUGUUCUCCGUCAGAAGUUGAAAUUCUAAUGAUUUUCGUUCUAAAGGAGAUCCACCACAAUCGAGGUUCCAGGUGGGAAAAAACGAAGCAAAGCGGCUAGUGUCCCUACAAUUAGAUAUCUUCCAUCGAAGGGAAAAGAUGUGGACAAGGAAGCCAAGAAGAAACAGUUCUCAGGGAGUUUGGGAGAAAUCAUGCCACAACUAAAAUUGACAAAAGUCGACUUUGAUGGCAUGACAAGACGACAGUGGCCACCAACCAAUGUAAGAGACGUUUGGAAGCGAUGAAAAGACGAAAGAAAAGAAGUGCAAACACAAUCAAAGAGCGUUUCAACACUGUUUGAUCAGAACUCAGAGGAAAACCGUCCAAGAUGAUUGGAGCUCGAGCAGUGGUCAGGGAGAGAUUGACACCAAUGGUCUCAAGUCGAAUUCUACCUUUGGUGGUCUGCUUCGCCAUCUUAUACCAACCAUGUUUGAUGCAAAACGUAACCUCUUCAACGACAGAAUCUAUAGAGAUCUCUUCUACACCAAAUACCAACAUUAGCCAUAUUUCUGACCCCAUCGAAAUUCCAACCUCGGCGUUAACAGGCGUGGUCAGUAAUGCCACCGAAGAGGUUGAGAUUGUUGGAAGGGAAGAAGAGGACGACAACCAUGACGAUAUGGAAGUCGGGGAAUCCAGAGCAGAGGCUAGGCAACUCCGAUUUCCAAAUUUUCCACCUGUUUCAGGUCACCGUCCCAAUCAAAUUCAGAGACCAAAUCGCAGACCUCCUUUCGAAAUCGAAAAUGCACUCAGGAGACAAAGAGAAGAGAUCCUGAACUCAGAUUAUGACGAGGACCAAAUACGAUGGCCGAAUGAACUUCCGCCACCUCCCAUAAGGUCAGGACCUCGUAAGAACCUGCGCAGACUUGAUCCAACAUUGAAUUACAAAAACACUAUUGUUUCAAGACGGCCGCCUCGACCCCCAUCUGGGAUUUACCGACCCAAUGAAGAAGAGUUUGCUGCCGAUAUUAACAUAGACCCUCCACUUCGGCGCCAAAAACUACGUCCAAGUCCAAUGGAUUUGGAUCAGGACAUUAUUCCAGUUCGCAUGAGACCCCAUGAUCAAGAUCAAGAGGGGAACAGACCACGGUUCGUGCGGCCCAACUUUGAAGAGCUCCCCGUUCAAGGCUAUCGAAAUAGGAACCCGGACAUUGAAGUGGAAGAGGAAGACAUUCCUCGACCUACCAGAACUUCCCCAACAAGCCAAGGAUUGGGUAAACAUGGUCCCCGUGGCGAGUCAUCGGAUAUGGGUGGCCUCUUAUACAGGGUUCCACCGCCGUACCAAAGUCUGGCCCAAUGGGAGAGCCAGAAGACGGACUAUGCCGGGGAAGAGUCUCCGUUCUCUUUCCCGUACUCCACAAAGAGCACCUCUCCGCCCAGACUUCCUCCUCCGAUUCCCCCUUCAACGGAACCGCCCACGUCAACCAGAAACAGUCGUAACAGGGACGGGAAAUAUCGACGAGGCUACUACCCCACAGCGUCAGAACGGCCAAUUGUGAGGCGCUAUUCACCGAGACCCCUGAUUCCUUAUCGACCGACUGUAGCCACCCCUAGAGGUAAAAGUGAAGAGGAAGAGGAAGAUGGGGUGCAGGGUGACUCUCAAUACAGGCGAUCCAGUUCGAACUUGGGCUCGACACAGCAAAACGCCAAACGUGUGAAUCUGAAUACGGAGUAUUUCAGCAUACCCGCGGUCGUUACCAGGUCUACAUUGCCUUUCCAAAGUAGCUUCACCACCUUCCGUCCUUCACGCGUUCCAGUUCUGGUCAAAAAGUUGGCAAAGCGACCGAUUAUUAAGCCAACUGAAAGUCCGGAUCGCGCCCCCAUCACCAUUGCUACAAGCAAACCGUUCCAAAGAAAUUCGACUGAUCUUUGUGAUGACAAUGGCAUCGUGUGUGAGGUAGAAGAUGUUGAAGAUGGACAGCUGCCAACCAACGGAACCGUGCAAGCGCUGACAGACAUCCUACGUGGCGAGAUCUGGGUUAUUCCCAUUGUUGUUGCUUCACUGGUUUUGGUGGGAAUUUUGCUCAUCUUUGAGGCGUAUCUCGUCAUCAAGUCAAUAAGAUCGAAUCCCAGCAGGCGACAUUUAUUCCUUGGACAGAUGCUUAUGCUUGGACUAUUGACUUGCUGCGCCAUGGCCAUUUGUCUGGGCAUCAAACCCACAGAUGUAACUUGUGCCGUUAUGCGCAUUGGCAUCGGGGUAUCCUACUCAAUCAUCUACUCUACACUCUUGGUGAAGUUGGUAUUCCUGAUUUCCUUAAACAGUGGGGUUUAUCUCCCGGCCACCUACCAAUGCCUCUUACUCUGUUUUGCCAUUUUGAUUCAAAUCGUGAUCGGGGUCCAAUGGCUGGUAUCCACACCCGCCGAAGUAAUUUCCUUUGCUAUCAAACCUGAGGGGGAGCUCUACUUCACCUGCGCCGUGACUUUUGAGCAACAAAUCACUGGUCUUCUCUAUGUCAUAUUUCUGGUCUUGGUGGUGGUCAUUCUGGCCUUCAAGUCCCGCGGAGUCAGGGAGAAUUACAGGGAAGCCAUGUAUAUUGGUCUCACCAUGGGAUUCACCGUGUGCAUCUUUACUCUAUGGAUUUUGGCUGGAUUCAUCACUCCGUCUCAAUAUAAGGAUGUUUGCAUGGCCAGUGGAUUGAUGGCCAGCGCUGCCAUCACAUUCAUAAUCAUGUUCAUGCCCAAAGGGCGUCAACUCUCCGCAAUGGGACAGGAGGGUAUCUAUGCUGAGGACAGAGUGGAUGUGUACACGGGUAGCAGUACACAAUCUACCGGAAGUGGAGGCACACCCUCUCCGUCUUUUUUCCCAAUCAAACCUGGGAAGCUGGCUGGCCACCUCCGGGAGAAUAGGGAGCGAUUGGACACGCCUCCCCAACAACGUAAAAAUGCACUUCCUCCUCGACCACGAGGCAAUGGUCGUCACGGCCAUGAUGAUGAUCAUGGCCACCGCCAUCAUCACAACAUACACCAUCACCAACAACAUGGUGGCCAUCAGCACAGCCUUCGUAGGCCGCAUCCUCCACAUGGUAGUCAUAGUAUUGAGAGCGAGCCCUCUCAGGACUCGCUCGCCAACUUGGUGGGGACUGAGCAUCCUCGCAGUUCAUUCCAAGCCACCGAGAGUAGCCCACGGGGUGCUCGAUGGCGAAGUCGUUCCAAUCCAGCCAGUAACUUCACAAAUCGGGACUGGCGAGAUUUGAGCUUCCAUCAGUUCCAUCAGCAUCCUCGGGACCGUAGCCCUCCCGCCGUGGCUCCCCGAAACUUCCACUCCAGUUUUCACGACUUGCACACGGCCAAUGAGAUGAGGGCCAGUCGGGCAGAUCUAAGGGAACUAAGAGAUCUCUUACGGACAGGUUCCGGACUGACGCGAGAACAAACUAUGAGGACGUCCAGGAGGAGUCUUCACGACAACAAAUGGGGUCCACCCACGCCUCCUCCUCAACCCUGUCGAAGGUGCUCGGAAGGCGUUCCCCAUGCCGGGAUGAUGCGAUUUUAAAAUGACUAAUGACAAAAGCAAGCUGCUAACACUGUCGAUGAGAGUGAUUUUUUCGAAAAUGCUCAUGUUCUUUUCGUUACUUUGGUCCUUCCUGGAGGGUGAUGAUGAUGAUGAUGAAACAGGGCUGUGAUUGGUGUUUGAUGACUUGUCGAGAGUGAAACACAAUGAAUGGCUUUGGUUUCCUCGGCUCCAGGUUUUGGCGAAGGUGGGUUCUGGAAUUGGUUGAGUGGCAUGUUCGAAUCCCCGAUUGGGGUGUAUAUACAUACAAAUAAUUUUAAUGCAUACAUGUACAAGAUAUGUAUAUACUUUAUUGCGGUGCUGAUUGGUGCAAGGGCUCAUACCAUGAUACAUGCUUUUUCGUACGAUCUCACCAAAGACUACCUUAUUUCAACCACUGGCUUUUUGAACAUUUGAAGAUUCAUCAUCAUUUUUGUUGUAAAAGACGCACAAUUGGCCAUCAAAAAGACAACUUUCCACAAUACACGUGGCAAGGGAAAAUUCCACUUACAUUGGCCAAUGUAC